UUUCUUAUCAAGGUCACUCGUGUUGUUCAGGGAAUUCCAAGUAUAACCUCCCGUAUUUCCCACAUUUGACCAUUUGAGGUUCAUUGCGUGUCUUCCUGUAGCCCAAAAUGAACGGGUACAGAUUUUCAGGUGAUAUGAUUCACCUUUUUGCCCUAGUGCUACUUUUGUUCAAGUUAUGGAUUUACAAAUCGGCGGCAGGGAUCUCGGGCAAAAUGCAGAUACUUCUGGCGUUGGUGUUUACCGCAAGGUACUUAGAUUUGUUCACUAAUUUCGUUUCAGCGUACAAUACCGAGAUGAAAAUCCUGUACAUAUGUUUAGUGUACAGUACGGUACUUUUAAUAUACACGAGGUUCAGAAAAACGUACGAAAGCCAUUUGGAUACGUUGCAGAUCGGAUUUGUAAUAUUUGCAACCCUGUGUCUCGCACUGGUCUACAACUACGACUUUACAGUAGUUGAAGUGUUUUGGGCUUUCAGUCAAUAUCUGGAAGCUGUAGCCGCCUGGCCACAAUUUUUCAUGAUCAAGAAAACAAAACAAGUCAAAACUGCAGUGUUUGUGUAUCUGACAGCUCUAGGUUUGUAUCGACUGAUGUACAUUGCAAACUGGGGCUACAGAUAUUACUUGACUGAUCGCUAUGAGCUGCUAUCAGUUGUUCCUGGGGGCAUACAAGUACUACAAUUUUUAGUCUUUUGGGUCUUGUGUCUAACAAAGGUUGUGACAAUUACAAGCGAUAAAAUGUCAUGGUUUGCCAAAAAUUUAACCCAGAGUGACACAAAUGGUAUAUUCGUUAUUCAAGUGCCUGGGGGAUUUGAUCCCAAAGAUGCCAAGUUGGCACUAAUUGAUCAUUGUGAAGAUGCAGAUCAAGAAGCAGUUGCCACCCUGACGCAAAAACAAGAAAUGCCAACCGUACAUAAUACAUAAUUUUUGACAUUUUUGUGUUUAAAUUUUUACUAAAUGUUUGUCUAA